CUAGUUACGGUAAGCUAACAGCUAGUCCGCUCCUCUCGGGUUGUUUGUGUUCCUCCUCCGCUCAGCGGGUUUUCUCCCCAGCGUGUUUCCUCCCGCGGCUUCAGUCGGUGACAGACGAGCGCUCACACCGGACUUUCACCGUCAAUCCUCCGGGAUGUCUUUCCUGGAGAAGCCGUCCCCCGGCAAGCUGCUGCUGGACGACACCGUCCCCCUGACUGCGGUGAUUGAAGCCAGCCAGAACCUGCAGUCCCACACGGAGUACAUCAUCCGAGUCCAGAGGGGCGUGUCUUCAGAGAAUAGCUGGCAGGUGAUUCGGCGUUACAGUGACUUUGAUGUUCUCAACGCCAGUCUGAUGGUGUGUGGCAUCAGUCUCCCACUUCCUCCCAAGAAGCUAAUUGGAAACAUGGACAGGGAGUUUAUAGCAGAGAGGCAGAGAGGACUGCAGGCCUAUCUGGAUUCAAUCACCCAGCAUCCCAUGCUUUCCAGCUCCCUGACUGUCAAGAAGUUCCUGGAUCCCAACAACUACUCUGCCAAUUACACAGAGAUCGCCCUGCAGCAGGUGUCCAUGUUCUUCAGGUCGGACCCAAAGUGGGAGGUCCUGGAGCCUCUCAGAGACAUCGGUUGGAGGAUCAGGAAGAAAUAUUUUUUAAUUAAAAACAAAGAGCAACCCAAGGAGAAGUAUCUGCUCAGUUGGGUGGACCUGGGUCCUGACAAGUUCCUGUCAGACAAAGACCUGCAGUCAGCCAUGAAGCUGCUUACAAGCCUCUCUACUCCAUAUCUCUAUCCGCUGUUAUUCUCCAGCACCAGUGAGUCUUCAGCUCUGCUCAUCCGACCGUUCAGUGAGAGAGGCUCUCUGAGAGAUCACAUCUAUAAGGUGAAGCCCAGAGAGAGUUACCUCAAGAAGUAUUGUAACCCGAAGAAGAGUCAGGGCCUCGAACUGCAGCAGAUUAAACUCUACGGCCGUCAGAUCCUGGAAGGCCUGAAGCUGCUCCAUGAUGGCGGUGUAUUUUUCGGUCACUUGCAUGCGUCCAACAUAAUUGUUGAUGAUGGUGUGUGUCGACUGAUGGACAUAGAGAACGGCAUGCUGGGAGUUCCCUCAGUGCUGCGACCCGCCUUCACCCACCUCAGGAAGAUCAACUCCACAGACAGAAUCGACGUCUUCUGCUUUGGAUAUUUACUGUACGAGAUGACGUACGGCCGACCGCCAGACAGCGUCCCUGUCGAUCAGUACCCUGCUAUACCCUACACCGCUGUGGUGUCAGUGUUGCAGUCCAUUCUGUCCACAGAAGCCUGUAAGAGUGGGAUGCCAACAGUGUCGGAGCUCAUGCAGACACCGCUGUUCAGUGACGUCUAUCUCCAACACUCAGAAAAACUCCACAUCAAAGUUCCCAGCAGGCUAAAAGAGGCGCUGAAGACGGCAAAGGAGAGUCUGGAGAAGAGGCUGCUGGAGGAGCAAAGAGUGCUCCACCAGCACAGGAGGCUGACCAGAGCUCAGUCUCAUCACGGCUCAGAGGAGGAAAAGAAGAGGAGGAAGAUGAUGGCGAGGAAGAAGUCCAGACAGUCGGCUUAUGAAAAUGAAGAAGAUGUCUCUGUCAGAAACAACAAUAACUCUGGUUCUGGAGCCAGUUCCCCUCCCACGUGCCCCUCCUCCCCCACCCCCCCAUCGACCAUAGGAGCCCAGACUGCUCCUCCCCCUCCACCACCACCUCCUCCUCCUACGCUGUCCUCUUCCUCCUGUCCUCCUCCUCUGUCCUCCUCUGACGGAGCGGGAGGAGGUCGCAACGCCUUGCUGAGCUCCAUUCAGACCUUCAGUAAGGGUAAACUGAAAAAGGCUGAGACCACCGACCGCAGUAAACCCAUCAUCUGACCCCGCUCAUCACCACAACCUGUCCUCGACCAGGAAACCGUCACUGUGGCAUCAAGACCGGCCCGCUCGUUCUGCACUGUGGUCUGGACUGGUUCAUGUUGUCUCUCCCUGAGAUGUGAAAACAAAUCACUAACAAAAAAAAUCCAAGUACCAUUUUAGUUUUUAUUGCCAUGUCUGCUUUUACAUUUUUUAAAUCUAUUGCUGUGGUUACAGAGAGUACAGGACGGACUGGGAAGAAUGGCCACCUCAGUCUGCCCAUAAAAAAACUCUGGAUAAUCCAAGGCACCUGAAGGUUUGUGUUCUCUGACUGCUAAGAGUUGGUCAACUCAGUCUGAGUCUGGUGAGCUUUUCUGGUUGAUCUGCUGCUUCAGCCGGCAGCCAACGGGCUUCUUUUCUGCUCUUCAGGCUUGUAAAAGUGGUGGAUUUGGAAUCUGCAGGAACUUUUGCAGUCACUGUGGACGCUUCAUCCCACUAGAUGAUGAAGGUUUGGAUCCAAAACUCUUAACAUUAGUACUCUGAAACGGUCAUGGCGCUGGACUAGUCCUGAUCCCGGAGCACCAGAGAAACUGGCACCAAGUCAAGCUUUCCCUCUUUGACAUAUGUAGCCUCCAGGCUCUACUGAGACUGUUUCACUGCAGGACGUCAGUGACGAAGAACAAUUCCAGAAAAUCAUUAGAGCUACACUGCAAACAGUCUCCAUCAUCAAGUCAUUUCUGUCUGUGAGUCCCAAAAACAUACUUUUUCUCAUUGAAGUGCAAAAUAUUUUACUACAAUAAAACUUCUAAGUUUUAGAAUUUUCUAGAAAUGUAUCUGCAUCAUGAAACAAGAAAAACAAUGCAGGUUGCUGCAUUAGAAGCAAGACAAAAAAAUAAAAAUACUUGACCUUAAAAAAAAAAAUAGACAAAAGAUUAAUGUAUAAGUUGAUUUCCUUUUUGAAACAAGUUAAAAAUUCUUACCGAACUUGCAGAUUUAUUUUACAGACAAAAAUGACUUGAUAAGAGGGAUGUUUGUUGCAGUGUGUCUGAAACUACACAAACCUUGACCACAGUCAUGGUGUGAUCACACCUGCGGUUGGUAUUGUUUGGUCUGAACCAGAGGGGGAGAUUCAUUUGAUUAAUUUUGUGCAAUUAGUUAAUCGGUUAGAGAUUCUGGCAGUGAGAUAUGAAACCUCUGCUGUGUUCUUCUCAUAAACAAAUAUCUGAAUCCUUCAGUCCAGACUCCACUUUAUUCUGUUCAGCUCUGUAAGCAUGAGGCGUCCUGAUUGGUCAGUUGUAUAUUCAUUCCUAACAACAUAAUGGCUGUUUCGGACCACACAUGCAAGAGCGAAUAGUUUGCACAAGAUAGAGCGCAAAUUGAAGAGCAGCACAUAAUCCUACAAAGCAGCUAACCAAGAUGCUACAAGUGUGCUCAAUGCUAAGUGUGUUUCCAUCCAGCAGUUUUUUGCUCAUAAAAAAUCUGGUGGAAACGGCAAAAAUAAAAACUUGGGAAAAGUUUACACUUGGCUGAGGUGGAAAAGUUGUUGUAUAGAUAAAAACAAAACGAUAAAGUGCAAUGUAAACAGAUCUAAUGAGUAAAUCAUGACGUACAUGAAGCAUGUGACUUAAACAUCACUAAAGCUUGACUUAAUGGGAUGUAAACAAUGACAAUAUAAAGUGUCUUACGUGGUAUCCUCAUCCUGUUUCACUCAAGUCCCUGAAGGACUGCAGAGAAAGAUUACAAAACUGCUGGAAUUCAGAGAUGCACAAAAUGUUACUUUUUCAGCAGUGAAAUUAUCGCCGUCAUACUGUAACUUCUGCCUCACGUCAACAAGACAAAACCAUAGGACGUGUGUUGUUCAAGUUCAGUUUAGUUGGACUUUGGCUGCUAACCGUGGCAGAAAAUAAGUGUAGGGCGUGCCACUAUGGCUAAUGCAGCUUCUCUCCCUUGGAAAUAAUGGCUUUGCUGUACGCGAUGUCAAACUUGCACUUUUGGUGUGAAAGCCUGUAAGAGAUACUGGUCAGACAUCCGUACUGUCCCAGAUCAGAGCAACAUGGAUUGUAUUUAGGGUCUGAAAUUAAUCCAAAAUAAAAAAAUCUACUGGCUACUGUGGCAGAAGAUUAAAAAAAAACAUUAACAUGUAAGAUUCUGAUUCUUUUGUUUCUUUGCACUUAUUAUUCCAGAUGCAAAAUCCAUACUAAUGCUUUUGCAUUUUAAUUAACUUCAAAUCAUAUUCAAUAUGUUUUUAGAUUUCCUUCAGUCCUGGCAGCAGUUGUUUUUUGUUAUUUCUCUGAAAAACAAAUGCAGAGACUUGAAAGUUGCUACAGAGAGAAAAUCCAUCAUGGUCAACCUUUAGAUUUUGUCAACGUUGCUUAAUCUUCAUGUUGUAAUUUAAUGUUACUUGCGGGAACUGUAUCAAACAAUCGCUGUACUAGUUGUAAUCGACUGUACAGCUACUUUUCAAGAUACAACAAAUGACCCAAACUGGACUUGAUCCCGAUUCACUGAUCAGAUUACAUCUUUGAGUAUCUAUAAACGCAUCAAGGAGUGAUUGUAAUACAGUCCUUGCUCACAAGUUUGGUAUAAUGUAACUUACAUAAAAUAAAAUAAUCAAUGUAGGCAAGUAAAUGGAUCUCUCUGCAGCAAGUUCACUAGAAAUUACCUGAAGUUUUUUGCAGCCUGUAAAGAAGGAAAUGAGUAAUACCUUUUGGAUAAAGGUCUAAAUACAAGCUAAGGGUUAAUUUCAGACCCUUGUUGUGAUGAUUCCUGUUAUUUUUAAGUGUUUGCUUCUGUUUUAAAUCUGUUGUAUUUUAAUGUUUGUUGUCGUCACAGUGCUGACAUUCUUUUAUUUUAUUGUGCCAUAUGGAUCCUUGUGCCUGAUGUGGAUAUCUGAAUGUUUUUUUGUUUAAAAUAUUAUAUAUGACAAUAUAAAGCUCUGUCUGACAAAAAUAUUUACGCUUUAGCACACAGGAUGUUAUUAUGUGGUUAUUGGCAGUUUGGGCAGAUCGGAGCAAUGUUGCUAAAUAAGUUAGUAAUUAUUAUUUUAUAUAAUAUCUUUUUGUCUAAAACUUACAGAAAAUAGUGAAAAAUGUCCAUCACAGUUUUUUAGAACCCAAGGUGAUGUCUUGAUAUAUCUUGUUUUGUCUGACCAACAAUUCAAAACUCCAAAAUAUUCAGUUUACAAAGACAUAAAUCUGAGUAAAGCAGCAAAUCCUCACAUUGGGUAUGAUGAAACCAGAGCAUGUUUGGCAGUUUUGCUUAAAAAGUGACUUAAAACGACUAAUCAAUUAAUCGACUACCGGUUUUAACAUAAAAAUAAGCUAUGUGGUAUGACUGCAAAACAAAAUUGAGUCCUGAAAGUUAAAGUGGGAUUAAACCUGUAAAAGUCUUGGGAGGGUUGAGUCAUUCAGAUCCGACUCUUUCCAAUUGUCCUAAAGUAGAUCUUCCGUCUUUCACGUGAUCAUCUUCAGUAGAUUGAGUUUUGCCCAGUUGUCAUGGAGUUAUACAUUCAAAUAAAUUUUUUCUGAGCUUGUUAAAGACUUCUCAUUCAUGGUUGAGAAUAUUCAACGACAACUGGGCAACUCUUCUGGGGGAGAUGGUGUGAGACAGUCGAAAGCUCCAGAACAGCUACUAAAUGGACCUUUUUGUGAGUUUGUUUUGUCAGUUUGCAGGUAAUGAACUUUCAAUCUCAAACAUGUACUGGUCUUUAGCUUCCACAAUGUUUUAUUAUGAGAGGGAUUUAAUCUGAUUGCUUAAACGAACAGUUCUACAUUUUGUGAAACCCACUUAUUCGCUUUGUAGGAGUGUAAAAUGAGAUCAGUCUGUCCAUUGAGUGUGUGGCUAAAGCCAACAGCGCAUUAGCUUAGCUUGGAAUAAAGCCUGAAAACCGGGGGGGGAAACAGCUAGCCUAGCUCAGUCAGAAUUUAUCUACCAGCACUUCUGAUGACAAAUUUUUGUACAGAUUAAACAAAUGUCAUGUCUGAGAGGUGCUGAUAAGCAGACUGUUAGCAUCUUUCUGCUAAACUAAGCAUACCAGCUUUUGGCUGCAGCCUUAGAUUUAACGGACAGAAAUGAGAGUGGUAUCAAUAUUCUCAUCUAACUCUUUGCCCCAAAGCGAAUAAACAUAUUUCCCAAAUUGUUGAAUUAUUCUUUUGAAAGUGGGUAUGAUAGAGAGACCACAAGGCCACCAGGAUCUACUUUUUGUAAACCUCAACAGAAGCAAAAGUGGAAGCAGCCAUAAUUGGAUUGACAGAAUGACUGAUCUGCUCAGUGAAUUUUCUUUAUUUCACUGUCUCUCAGUUCUAAUUUCUUCAAAUUUUACAUUAAUCCCACUCACCUGUGAUACCUGACAUACUGUGUGCUAAAGUCUUAACCUAUGUGGCGAACAGAGCUGCGAUUGGAGCAGAUUUUGUUGUGAAUCUGAUGACUGAUCACAACAAUCCAUGUUUAGCACUCAGAGCACGAACAGAGCGUUCGUUUUAAAUGGCUGCUCUAUGCUGAAAUCAUUAGUUUUUUUUAUUCAGUGCAAUCCGGUCCAGUGUGAUGGCCUUCAUGUCUUGAAUGAUCAUUAAAUUGUAUCAGAAAAUUUUCUCUGCAGCACUUUACCCAUUAGGGGUGGAAGAUAAGUCCAGGUUUAUGUUUAUGAAAACAAUUUGCAAAAUAAAUUCCUAGAGAAAGCAUUGGAUUACAUGUAUGAAAAACAACUCUUCAAUCUACUGGACAUUUACGCUUACAGAUGCAUCAAUCUCUUAAACAUUCAAUGCAGCUGCAGAAUGAUCCUUCUCAUCUCUAUGAAACACAGGAUGCCUGCUGUGAUGAAAUGAUAACUGUAUCAACCAAGUGUACAUUUGAUUAAAAAUGAUUGAGGACACAUGAGAGUAAACAGUGUCUAUUGCAAACCUUAAAACUAAGGAAGAUUCAAAGUGUCCUAAAUAAAAAUACAUCAAAGAAAUAAAUUGAAAUACAACA